AUGCAUUUCCAUCUCUUUGGCGUCGUCUCCAUCCUCACUGCUGUGCAUGCUGCGAACCUUGAUGACGUGUGUUCCGUCUCUUAUGUCAAAUCACAUCUCCCACCGCCCGGCUUCUAUCAGGGAGUCACCAUUAGUCCCUCUUCGGUUACAGCAAACCCGGUGACCGAUGUCGAGGUCGUGGACAACGAUUUCUAUCCCGAUGCUGUCUUCGAUUACUGUAAUGUCAGCUUCAGGUAUUCCCAUGACGGACUGAAUGACCAGGUGCUCCUCACAUACUGGCUUCCGGCACCGGCUAAGUUCCAGAAUCGGUUUCUGGUCACGGGUGGUGGCGGCUAUGCCAUCAAUUCGGGCAAUCAGUCUCUGCCGGGUGGCAUCAUUUAUGGAGCUGUUGCUGGCAUGACGGACGCAGGAUUUGGUGCUGCGCAGAGUAACACCAUCACACAGUGGCUCUCUGCGAACGGGACGCUCAAUUGGCACAAUAUCUACAUGUUCGGCUACCAGGGUAUUCGCGAAAUGAGUGAGCUGGGUAAGGAAUUCACCAAGACCUUCUUCAAUCUAACCCAGGCGAAUACCACACUAUACACGUACUUUCAAGGUUGUUCGGAAGGUGGUCGAGAAGGCUGGAGCCAGGUUCAACGCUACGGGGAUUCGUUCGACGGUGCCGUGAUCGGCGCGCCAGCCUUUCGCUGGUCAUUCCAGCAGACACAGCUCCUCUACCCAGAUGUGGUCGAGCAAACCAUGGGCUACUAUCCAUCUCCGUGUGAGCUACAGAAAAUCGUUAAUGAGACUAUAAUCAACUGCGACCCGCUCGAUGGGAAAGUGGAUGGUGUGGUGGCACGAACCGAUCUGUGUUAUCUGAACUAUAACAUAUCUGCUAUCGCAGGGCAGUCUUAUCACUGUCCCGCUACACCGGCCUUACCCGGCUCGCCAGCGGCCCCAUCUCAACAAGGGAACGUCACGAGACAAGCAAUUGCAGUAGCGAAGAAAAUCCUGGAAGGUCUUCAUGACACCCAAGGCAGGCGGGUAUAUUUCGCGCCUACGCCGAGCGCCCAGUUCACCGAGGCGCAGACAGGCUGGAAUGCGACAUCCGGUCAGUGGGGACUAUCAAUCAUAAGCCUGGGCGGUGUCUUCGUCCAAGUAGAGCUCAACAUGCUCAACGGGUCCAACGUUCCAAACCUCAACAGUGUCACGUACGACACGCUGAAAGACUGGAUCGUGGAGGGCAUGCAGCGGUUUCAAGGCGUCCUCGAGACAACCUGGCCGGAUAUAACCCCUUACAAGGAGGCCGGCGGGAAGGUCAUCAUGUUCCAUGGGGAAUCGGACUGGGGUAUCCCCACAGCGUCCUCGGUACGCUACUGGGAAUCGGUCCGCCGCAUCAUGAACCCCGGCAAAAGCUACAACGAGUCCGCCGCGGCGCAGAACGAAUUCUUCCGACUCUUCCUCGUCCCCGGCGCGACGCACUGCGCCGCCAACCCCGCCGAGCCCAAUGGGCCCUUCCCCCAGACGAACCUCGCCGUGAUGAUCGACUGGGUGGAGAAGGGCAUCGCGCCGCAGACCUUGAACGGUACAGUGCUGCAGGGCAAGAAUAAAGGCCAGAAUCAACAAAUCUGCGCCUGGCCGCUGAGGCCGGUGUGGUCGGGGAACGCCACCGACCCGGAAUGCCGCUACGACCAGAAAAGUGUGGAUUACUGGAACUAUGAUCUUGACGCGUUCAAGAUGCCCAUAUACUAA